AUGGCCCCAAGUCGCGUAGACAGCGACUCCGAGACUCCUGUUCCCGCCAAGACGGCUUACGGGCUCAAGACCAUAUGGCCCGAAGCCUACGACCUGGCCGGAUCGAACUUACCAUGCCGUCUUGAAGGAGAAAUCGGCGAUUUGGUGGUGCUGGGCGAGAUACCCAAGGAGAUCGACGGCACUUUCUACAGAGUCAUGACGGACCCCUUUGUUCCUCCGCACCCCGGCAACGUUCCCCUAGAUGGCGACGGCAACAUCUCCGCGUUCCGGUUCAGAGACGGGAGGGUCGAUAUGAAGAUGCGCUACGUCGAGACGGAACGCUACAAGCUGGAGAGGAAAGCGAACAAGGCUCUCUUCGGCCUCUACCGCAACCCCUUCACACACCACCCCUGCGUUCGCGCAGCCGUCGACUCGACGGCGAACACCAACGUCGUGCUCUGGGCAGACCACUUCCUCGCGCUCAAAGAGGGCGGACUGCCGUACUCUGUCGACCCCCAAACACUGGAGACUAUCAAAUACGACCCGUUCGGGCCGCAGGUCCGGGCGAAGACCUUCACGGCGCAUCCCAAGGUCGACCCCUACACCAACGAACUGGUCGUCUACGGCUACGAGGCCACGGGCCUGGCGUCGCUCGACAUCGUGAUCUACUCCCUGGACAGCCAGGGCGUCAAGCACGACGAGCAGUGGAUCAAGUCCCCCUGGUGCGCGCCGAUCCACGACUGCGCCAUCACGCCGAACUGGAUCGUCCUGGUGCUCUGGUGCUUCGAGGGCGACGUCGAGCGGAUGAAGAAGGGCGGCCACCACUGGGCCUGGGACUACGACCUCCCCGCGACCUUCGUCGUCGCGCCGCGCCGGAGCACGACCCCGCUGCCGCCGGGCUGGGGGCCGGACGAGCGGCACCGCGUGUACUCGUGGGAGAACUGCAUGCUCAUCCACACGGGCGGGGCGUGGGAGAGCGAGGACGGCGCGACGGUGUUCCUGGAGACGACGAGGGUGCACGACAACGGGUUCCCGUUCUUCCCGACCGACGACGGGAGGCUGCCGGCCGCGGACCCGGCCGCGGACUACGUGCGCUGGAGUCUGGAUCUGUCGGCGCCGAAUAACAGCAAGGUGCCGGAUCCGGAGGUGAUUCUGGACAUGCCUGCGGAGUUCCCGCGGCUUGAUGAGAGGUUUCUUUCAAAGGCGUAUAACUACGUCUGGAUUAAUGUCUACAUCGACGAGAGCAGCGAUAGCAAGGGACACACCAUCGUCAACGGGUUGAACGGCCUUGCGAUGCACAACUACGCGACGAAGAAGACGGAGUAUUUCUACGCUGGGGCGGGGUCGUUUGUCCAGGAGCCGAUCUUCGUUCCGAGGAGCGACGACGCGCCGGAGGGGGAUGGGUGGGUUAUGGCCAUGGUUGAGCGCAGGGGGGCGAACAGGAAUGAGAUCGUCGUGUUGGAUACGAGGGAGUUUGAGAAGCCUAUUGCGGUUGUUCAGUUGCCAUUCCAUGUCAAAGCCCAGGUUCAUGGUAAUUGGGUUGAUCAACGCAGGUUGAAGGGGUGGAAGAAGCUGGCUAGGGAUGUCGAGGUUGAGCCUAUUAGUGGACAAGGAGCUCUUGAGCCUUUGUAG